GAGAAAGGCCGGAAGGGGGUGGUCGCCAUCCCGGCUCCGCCCCGGGGCCGUGUGCCCGUGGGUUCCGUUGGUCCUGGCGGCAGCUGAGGCUGUGGCGGCGGUGGCCGCGGGGCGGGCGUAAGAUGGCGACAGCGGCGGCGGGAGCCCUGGGCCUGCUGUGGGGCUGGCUGUGGAGCGAGCGCUUCUGGCUGCCCCAGAAUGUGAGCUGGGCUGACCUCGAGGGGCCGGAUGAUGGCUACGGCUACCCGCGGGCCCGGCACAUCCUCUCGGUGUUCCCGCUGGCGGCAGGCGUAUUCUCCGUGAGGCUGCUCUUCGAGCGGUUUAUUGCCAAACCCUGUGCACUCCAUGUUGGCAUCCAGGACAGUGGUCCUUAUCAGGCCCAAUACAAUGCCAUCCUUGAAAAGGUGUUCAUAUCAAUUACUAAGUAUCCUGAUGAGAAAAGGCUGGAUGGCCUGUCAAAGCAACUGGACUGGGAUGUCCGAAAAAUCCAAUGCUGGUUUCGCCAUCGGAGGAAUCAGGACAAGCCCCCAACGCUCACUAAAUUCUGUGAAAGCAUGUGGAGGUUCACUUUUUAUUUAUGUAUAUUCUCCUAUGGAAUUAGAUUUCUGUGGUUGUCACCUUGGUUCUGGGACACUCGACAGUGCUGGCAUGGCUAUCCCCAUCAGCCUCUCACAAGUGGGCUUUAUUACUAUUACAUCAUGGAAUUGGCCUUCUAUUGGUCUCUUAUGUUUUCUCAGUUUACAGACAUUAAAAGAAAGGACUUCCUGAUCAUGUUUGUGCAUCACUUGGCCACCAUUGGACUCAUCACCUUUUCCUACAUCAACAACAUGGUUCGGGUGGGAACUCUGGUCAUGUGUCUACAUGAUGUCUCAGACUUCUUGCUGGAGGCAGCCAAACUGGCCAAUUAUGCCAAGUAUCAGCGGCUCUGUGACACCCUUUUUGUGAUCUUCAGUGCUGUUUUUGUGGUCACUCGUCUAGGAAUCUAUCCAUUCUGGAUUCUGAACACGACCCUCUUUGAGAGUUGGGAGAUAAUCGGGCCCUAUCCUUCCUGGUGGCUCUUCAAUGGCCUUCUCCUGAUCCUACAGGUUCUGCAUGUCAUCUGGUCCUACCUAAUUGUACGAAUUGCUUUCAAAGCCUUGAUCCGGGGAAAGGUGACCUAUCCAGGAGGAUUAGACCCAGACUCUGUACCCUCCACUCUUUUCUCACCUCCUUCCUUUUCUGUAUGCCUGGUGGGAGCUGGACAGUUUCAACUCUUGCAUGUGUCUAAGGAUGAUCGCAGUGAUGUGGAGAGCAGCUCAGAGGAAGAAGAUGUGACUACCAGCACAAAAAGCAGCUCCAGCAAUGGUGCCAAUCGGGUGAAUGGUCACAUGGGAGGCAACUACUGGGCUGAAGAGUAAGGCGGUUGGUAUGGGGACUUGAGCACACAUGGACUUGUAGGACCACUGGCAACCUUAUCCUCUUGAGCCUCCCCACAUCUUCACUCCUUUGAGUUAAGGGGAUUGCAAAGGCAAUGAGGAGAAUCAAAGAAGCAAAUAUUUUCACUUUUUUUUUAAAAAAAACUCUGCCAUUUUAUAUUUAAUAGCCUCUAGGUCCUUUCAGUAACAUUAUUUGCUCUGUGUGUGUGUUUGUGUAUGUGUGUGCACAUGUGCAUUUGUGCAUGUGCAUGAGUUUCAUUGCCUGGGUUGGGGCACAGUUGAAGAGGGGCCCACUGGGCCUUGUCCCUUGCCCCCACCUCAAUCCCAGAUUCUGGCUGCAUCCUGAAUUAUGCUGGCUUGGGACUAUCUCCUCCCUUGUUGCCUGUGACUUGAUACUCCAAACCCCUGGACCAUAUGGAUGGAGCAGCCAAGUUCAGCCCCAGGUUUCUGUACUGUUCCUCCUUGGAGCUGGAAUACUUCACAUGAUGAAGUUGUGUAGAAACAAAGAACCACGGGAUGGAUGUCCAGGACUGCUGUGGCCCCUUGCUGGAUCCCCUUCCCAACACCUGGUAGUGACAGGGAUAGCCGUGGAUACCCUGCUCUUUACUCAAUGGUACGCAGAGACAGGGGUUGGGAGAGGGUGAGCUAAGGGCUGGGGAAGUACAACAGCCACUGGGUGAACUGUUAAUGGUUUUAUACUGUUGUUUACUCUUCUGUGAUUAAAAGUGCUUCAACCCUC